AUGGCAACUGAAGAUACUGUGCACCUCUCCGAACCCCACGCCCCGCAUCAAGCCUCCAUCGACGCUUUCUCCUCCAUCCUUGAAGAAGUAAAAGCGGAACUCGUCAAGUUGCGUCAUGAUCAUGAUAAACACGAACCCGAAUACUUCACCAGAGUCCACCACCUCUCCGACACCCAACUAACUUCCUUCUCCGUCUCGGACCUAGAAACCGUCCGCGCCGCCACAUCCGCCUACGGCAUCCAUCUCUUUGGCAAAGUCAAGCUGCCCGCACUGGACGACGGAUACAUCCACAUACGCAUCUUCGGGGCGGCAAAAGAAGGCACAGACGGAAGUAGUGCAGAGGAGCGGGUGUACAGUUUACAUAGUAUACAUACGGAGGAGAUGGUGAAAGAGGAUGGGGAUCGAGUGUAUCGGGCGGUGUUUGGCAAGGAAGACGCGUUGGAGUGGUUUGAUACGUAA